CUCAAUAAUUUUUGUAAUGAAAUUCAUUUCUCAACAAAGGGAUGAAAAGGAACAUUUUAUAAAAAUUAAAGGGUUUUUAUGGAUUAAAUUAGAGUUCCGUUUUUUUUUUCUAAAAACUUAAAAUACAACUUUUGAGGCUUAGGCUAAUAGCACAUGUAUGUAAUCAAAAUACGUAUUCUCCAUUAGCUUUUUGUUUUGUGCCUACGCAACGUUUGUCUCACCAAAACUCUACAUACUUCUCUUCUACAACAAUGGCUUCUUGGGGGUUGUGAGGUGAGAGCUGGUGAACGAUUUCUAGCAGACAUUGCUGAGGGAACAAUUUUGGUUAUUUUAAAGGCUUAUCUUGGAGUACCGAGGGAGGAUAUUCAUGAGGAUUCUGUUUCUGUGUAUAUAACUGUUGAUGGAAAAAAGUUAGUUGCUGGAAACUUUAAUCCCCGGAGGCACUCUGAACAAAAGUUGUAUUUGCCGAUUGAUAAAAAGUUCUCAUUAACCCAUACGCUGAGAUAUAAUAGUCUCUAUUUUUUUGGAGUUACAUAUAAAAGGAGCCUGAGGAUAAAAAGAAAGAUAAACCAACAGUGGAAGAAGCAAGUUCUCCAUCUGUUUAUCCACAUAUAUGCAAAAAGUAUUCAGUCAUGAGUUUUUGGGGUGCUGAAGUGAAACGUGGUCAAAGGCUUCAUGUUAAGCUUGAUCAAGGGAAUUAUUUGAAUCUUAAACUGGCUUCUCUUGUGUGUACCGGAAAUCAUGAAGAAAAGGAGUCUGUGUGUUUGGAAGUCGAUACAUGUGACAAAACAAUGCAACUUGCAAGGCUUCACCCUGAGAGGCUGCCACACCAAGUAAUGGACCUAAAGUUCAAUGAAGACAUCAUUUUAAGUCAUGAUGCAAAAAAUGGAACAUUAUACCUAUGUGGGUUCCAAAGAAAACCACGCGUGCAUGAAUAUCCACCUUUUCACGAACCUAAUUUUGCAAAGAAAGAAGCAGCGUUGGCUUCUGAAUGUGCACGUGUAUGCAGCAACGUUAAGUCAAUGAAGUUUUGGGGAGUCGAGAUUAAAAGUGGUGAAACAAUCUCUAUGAAGCUUGAUCCAGAAAAUAUUUUACAUUUCAGACAUGCUUCACUUAUUAGUAUUGAAAAGCAAACUAAGGAGAAGAAUGUUAUUGUCGAAAUCAAUGCUAGUGGCAGAAAACAUGAGAUAACCCUGAAUACUAGAAGCAAACCAGAAGCGGCCUUACAAAAACUGUAUGAUGAAGAAAUUCAGUUAAGCCAUAACUUCAAAGAUGGUAAGGUGUACCUGCUUGGGACACUGACCACAAGACAUGGAAAAAAGAGUUGAUAUCAUUUUCUCACUUUCUCUCAAAGUAAUGAUGGUAAAUAGAAAGAAAGAAAGUUGGAAAGGCGCAGGUUCUGCAGCUUCUGAAAGUGCACAUUGUUUGCAGGACGUUGGAGAUAGAUGAUUCACAAUUUUAUUUAAGUUUAUACCCAACAGUUUUUAGAUUUCUUUAAUGUUAGUGCAUAGAAAGUUGUUUUAGAAACAUAACCCAUCACUCUCGUUGUGUUUGAUGUUUUCCUUUACCAAUUGCAACUCCCCAAGAAUGAAACUUAUAUUGUUUGUUUCUUGUA